UGCUGUUGUCCACGAAUCAUAUCUAUAAUAUAAACAUUAAUUUCAAAUCGAGUCGGUUUUUAUCAAAAUUCGUUCAACUUUCAAAGGAAAGACUCGAGAAUAUUUCGUCAGUCGGAAUUCCUGUCGCAUAAAUUGCAGUCGCGCGAUGAAAUCUAAGCAUAAAUCAUACACCGGAGUAUCAUUAUGAGUAUUUAAACGAAGUAACUAAAAAAAAUAAUUAAUAAAAUCAAUCAGACUACAUUAAGCUAUUAUUUGGUUAAUCUUAUUAUUAAAAAAAAUUCCAAAUUCUUCCAUCGUGCCACUGAGUAUAAUUUAAAUUGUGAACAAGUCAAUUUACGGAUUUGUUAUAUUUAUAUAUUUAUAUAUAUAUAUUUAUUGUGAAUUUAAAUAUUUGAUCGGUUGCAUCUAAAAAGAAAAAAAAAAAUCGAAACUCAAAAAAUCAGAAUCAUCGAUGAAACAGUGUAUGGUACAGUACAGUGUACGACGAUGUUCCAUGGAAUGAUUAAGUCAAUUUAUUAGUAAAUGGGACAUUUUUAUCAGGAUUCUUUAAACCUAAUAACUUGAAUAACAUCGUACGAAACAGACUAAAAUAAGUACACAAAUUAUAGCGCGUUGAGUUUGCAAUUAUGCCCAUAGCCCUCUUACUCAGCGUCCAUCAAACUUACUCCACAUCUUGGUGAACUCACCACACUACGCUAUACAUCACCGUAAUACACCUGCAUCAAGAUCCAACCUUUAUAUCAACUCACGAAGACAAGAUGUUACCGAACUUCUCGUUACUCUGCUGUCUGAUGGUUAUUCUACACGAAUCGGCGCCUCAAAGUCAUCCCGGCGAAGCUGACGUUGCUUCAGAUGCCCAGGCUCAGGUUCAUCACCGGGAGAAGCGAUUUUUGUGGAUAACGAACGACGGAAGAAUCGCACUACCUCCUGGCACCGUGAUGACGAUAACCCCGACGAUUCUUUUACCUUUUGUGAGGUAUCCACCCUACGGAUUUCUCAGCAAUAUGUCGAUGAGUUUUCCGUUCACCAUUGACUUUGAUAAGCUGGGACUCACGGACAACGAGAAUCCGUACGGAGAUUUGCCGCCAGUUUUUAGCAGGGCCUUCCAAAGUCGAGAAGCAGGAAUGGCUCUCGGGGACUUCAUCGCCUCCUUCAUGAAACAUAGACUUCAAAAACGCGAUGCUCCAGAAGUGCCAAAAAAUGCUUUCCAAGGCGGUGAACGUGCACUUCUUUACGGAAUAGCCGAAGAUGUGCUCAGCCAAUUCGGAAUGGAUGGUAGGGCAUGUGUCUUACGAGCGAUAUGCGAAGUACACGGACAUCCCUUGGACAAUUUUGGCUUCGUUGGAGAAAUUAUAAGGCUAUUCUUCACCGCGAGUAAAUCUCCCUUCGCUGACCUUAUGAAAGAUUACGUCGAGGCGGAAGAAACAGGAAAAUCGCACAGAGAAUGCUGGCCAUACUUCAAGGCGUGCCCAAAAUCGCUCUUCUUACCGUCUUCGAAUAAAUACACGAAAGAUUCUGUCCACGGAGAAGCGGAAGUGGAUUACGAAGAAGAUUUUAAUAAGAUUCCUCGAAGUUUCGAAGAAGAACCGUCAAAGAGGACUCCAAACAGGAACACGAUGAAUACAGCAAUGUAGCCUUCAUAGUUGCAAAAGUUGUGAACAAUAGGCGAAAGCUGCGUAACAAUGUGUCAAUCAUUUAAAUUGAAUCGACUGGCUACACAUCAAUGAAACAUAUUGACCGCGAGUUUGUAAAUAGACAUAGGAGGAAAUGAAGGAACUCAGGGGAUGACGAUUCGUCGCGUUGAUUCGUAGGAGAGUUUCAUGUGAAAUAAUAUUUUUAUAUGCAUAUUUAUUAUAACUAUACUAGUGUGUAUGAGAUGCGUAAAUAGCAUGGGUAUAACUUAACGUAAUUUUGAAACAAAGUUAUUUUGUAAUCAAAUGUAUUGUAAAUAAUAGCCCACUGUGUGAAUGUGUUCAUGAAAUUGUUGUAACAUUACGAUGAAUGACAUUUCAUAAUCUAUCAAUAAAUGACAUGAAAAAUGCC